UUUUUUUCCGCCGCGUGCCUGGAGGAUUCUCCAAGAACGCGCGUGCCUCUGUUGCUUGCGUAGCCUAGUUUGAAGUCCUCCUUUUGACCUCGAUGUUUAAUACAGACGUCGUUAAAGAAAGUUUGAAUUAGGCUACACGUGCUUGUACUUGUCAGCAUUACCUAGAACUUUUUAUCCCGCUGUCUUUUCCCUGUGGAAGGUUCAUGGCGCAAUCAGUGCAGAGCCAAAGGGAAGAAGAGGGUCUGGUGAAGCACACAGGAGGAUGCCACUGCGGUGCGGUCCGCUUUGAGGUCUGGAGCCCCCCUGACUUACACGUGUUUGAAUGCAACUGCAGCAUUUGCACAAAAAAGCAGAACCUCCAUUUUGUAGUCCCUCAAGCUCGUUUUAAACUCCUACAGGGAUUGGACAGCCUUACCACAUACACCUUCAACACACAUCAAGCCAAGCACACGUUCUGUAAGACCUGUGGGGUACAGAGUUUCUACACACCACGUUCCAACCCAGAUGGCUUUGGAGUUGCACCACAUUGUUUGGACUUGGGCACAGUGUGCAGUGUGACUGUAGAAAAGUUUAACGGUCAGGACUGGGAAGGAAGCAUGCAGAAGCAUCGGACUAUUAGGAACAUGUCAAAGAGUCCGGAAUAACAGUGUACUACCACACAAAAGCAACAAAAACACAGUCUGCACUGAACUGUAUUUCUGCCUCUGCUUUUUUCUGUUUUCAGUCUUCAGACAAGUGUAUUUGUUUAAAAGAAUGUUUAAUAGUAAACUGAUUUUUUAAUCA